UUGUCGCAGUACCUGGUGACAGACCAGGCGGUGUUGGUGAGGAGGAAGACGUGUCAGCUAAUGGCUGCCGCUGCAAGACUACACCAAGCCAGGGAGACGACUGACUUCCAGGACAAGAUUGGAAUCAGGACCAGUGACCCUACUGACCCCACCACCUCCAUCCUCUCAAUGUACGAGUACGAGGCCAAGCACGGCCUCGGACGGUCCGAUUCUGAUUCCGCUCUGGAACGGCUCUCGGCCCUCCCGAACCCUGACCCCAAGACAUUUGAAGCUAUCGCAGCGCUAGCUAUGCAGGGGCCGGAAAAGAGGCGUGGCUCGGCAGUGAAGGCCCUGAAGUGGUCCAUCCACUUCCAUCUUCAGAGACCGGAGCCUAACUGGUCCAGACUCAGCAAGUGUUACCAUAGCUACGUCCAGUUGGUGAUGGAGGGAGAGAAGGGAGGUGACAAAGUUUCCAUGGAGACCGCCUGGGGCAUUCUUGAGGAAGUUGUUGAUCUUCUAGAGAACAGGGCAGAGGUGUUGGAUAAUUCUAUUUGCUGCAGUCUUCAAACGUUUGGGGCCUCCUACCCAGAGAUGGAGGUCCUGUGGCUACUGACAAAAUCUUGGAAUUGUGGCAUCCACCAGUACAGGUGGUUUAACAUGCCACACUACAUUUUCCCCUCCCCCUCCACCUUAUCUGCUGGAGAGGCUCUCUCACCAUCUUGUUGCUUCUACCCAAUCCUAAAAGUCUCAAUGUCCAACACUACAAAGAGGCGGAGCAGUGGUGUGGAAUGGGAAUGA